AUGGCCGCUCCUCGUAUUAUAAGCCGUGUGAAUCCAAAGAACACUGUUCUUUUUGUGUGUGAUCUUCAGGAGAAGUUCAGUAAAACCAUCCAAUACUUCCCGGAGAUCGUGACUACUGCAAAAAGAUUGGUUGAUACUGCCCAAAUUCUGGGUAUGAAAACAAUCGUCACUGAGCAAUAUCCUAAAGGGCUUGGUCACACUGUACCAGAGUUGGGCAUUGAUCGUACAACAACCCCAGUCUAUGAGAAGACAAGAUUUUCGAUGUGUGUUCCACAAGUUGAUACGUUAUUGAAAGAAUCGAAGAAUGUUAUUUUAUGCGGAAUCGAAUCGCAUGUCUGUAUCUUGCAGACAACUUAUGAUCUUUUGGACAAAGGCUUAGAAGUUCACGUCGUCGUCGAUGCUGUUAGCAGCCGAUCUUUGGCUGACAGGAAGUUCGCCUUCAAGCAAUUGGAAAAGGCCGGUGCUGUUCUGACCACUUCCGAAUGUGUGAUUCUUGGAUUGGUUCAGGACUCUGCUCAUCCGAAAUUCCGUGAAGUUCAGAAAUUGAUAAUGACAUCUGCCCCUGACACUGGAUUGGUCAGCUCCAAAGUGUAG